AUGUCUGCGAUUCCUGGCUGUGCAAGCUCGCCUGGGCUAAGCUCAGUUGACUCAGUAUCGACUAUCUGGUCAACGCACUCCGUCAAUCCUUCAUUGUCCAGUAACGCGGAGUUCCAGUCAGUUGAUCGACAUUGCUUUUCACCUUGUCAAAAACCAGAGGCAUCCAGUGUAAACUCCUACCAUUCUUCUGUGUUGACUACCCGAAACCCGUGGUCUGAAAAGUUGGCGGGGAUUCAUGAGGCCGUAUUUAACGGUGUGGGCCACGCCAACUCCUCCACGCAUGUAGGCUUUCAUGGAGAAGUGAUCGGUUUUCGGUCUUGUGCUGCUCCAGGUGGAAUUUGCCAUGCUUUCCAAGGUACACGGACAUUUGAUGAACUCGACUUACCCUUUACGACAGUCCGAGUAACGUGCGCUACAGCCGGAUGUAACUACGGAGGUCCCUUGCACCAGGCGUGCUUACAAAGGUGGAACUCUUGCUGCGAGCUGAAGUGUCUUCUAUCGAUCAAUACCCAACGUCUUUCUGCAGCUAGUACCUCCGUGAGCGAUGAUCAACAGCAUAUGUUGACUGCAGUUCGCGACGAGAAUAAUAGCAGUGCUGCUACCAUAGAAGAAUUGUUCAGUUUAUACCAGUGUCCUCGGUGCGGUCAGUGUUCGCUGUUCCGGACCUCAAGUGAAGGGCGUCCAUUCCCUAUAGAUGAAGAUCCGCACGCCAGUAUGUUGAAUGUCAUUCAGUAUGUGAACCGGCAGUUGAACGCAAAUCCUACAGCAGCCCGCGCUUUAUCCAGUCACGCACUCCCCACACAAUCCACACAAGCGUUUACACUGGGUAACAUUGAGGGCAGUUGCGUCACCAAUGCGGGUGUUCCUGGGUUCCCCAACUUCGCUGCUGAUUCUGCAUCGUUGCAGGCUUCACUGCUAGAAGAAAGACAAGCCGGUUGGCAACAGGCGUGGAAGACAUGUCCACCUACGAUUGCACGGCACUCCCAAAAGGUUGCGAUGAUGAGGCAAUGUUCAGACGUGAUAAUUCAGUCGCAUCGGGCGUGCACUAGUGGGGUAGCAGUAAUACGCUCACUUCUCAGGUCAGAUGUCAGGGAUUCAAAUCCCGACACGACCAAGGGGCAAACUUGGAGUCCAGUGCUUUCUCCUUUGUUAUGGACUCACCAGAACAAUUCUACCAGGACGGGAGGAGGGCUCUCGAAGCCUGAGCUUCGGCAACCUGACAAACACAGCAGCCCCGGCCGAUGCAACAUAAAUGAAUCUAGACGCGAUAAACAGACUAUUGUUUUUCACAUGUGGCCUAGGAAGUGCGAUGCAGGAAUGAGUCUGCCAACCAACCGAGUUGAAACUGGAGGUUUUCUGGAGCUGGUCACAACAGGAAAUAUGUGGUUCAAAGUUUUAACGAUCGCACACCACAAGUAUGGCCUCAUUGAUUUCACUAUGAUUUCGCCUUUCCUCAUCAAAAUGGUGUACAGCCACGGAGCACACGCCAGUUCCUUCUGUGAAUCUCAGAUAAGUGGACCAGUAAGUGGCAUGGUGGACAGCGGGCUAUCCUCAGUCGCGCAUUCCAUUGAUUCGAGUCGUCGAAGUAGCGAUAAUACAUGUAACUAUGAUACUUCCGUCGACAUGGGGCACGAUGAUGGCUGUUGGUCCGCACCACCUGCUGGUCCUCGACCUGUUCGUGGAGCGGGUCAUAGUAUGUCCGUGAGCGGACUGAAAACGGACAACUAUUUCACUUUUGAGCCAUUGUCUCCAUUACAGUCAGAGUCCCCAACGUCUGCCGUUUGUGGAUCAAAUGAAACAAAAGGCCCGUCUGAAGUUAAACCCGUAUUUUCGUCGCCGAGGCAUCAAAACAAGCAGCACAUCGAGAUCGAAAAAAUUGUAAAUGAAUCCCUUCCAACAAGCGGCACCACUGGAAGUUUGUCGGUUGGUCGGAAACACAAUCCCGUGUCUGGUGGUGGUCUCCGCGGCCUUUCCUUCUGGCCAUCAGAGAAGUACCGCGAAGCUCCAAAUGACCCAUCGGAUAGAAGAAAAGUCGUCAACCGGAAAGGAAAUAUUUUUCAGCCGAGGAUGAGCUUCAACGUUUUUGAGAAGUUGCCGGCGUACAAAAGAAAUCCCUAUUUCAUCCACAUGGACGAUGACAGUUGCACGGGAAAUGAGGAUACCAGGGCAUUUUUGCUUGCUCAACUAACGAACCAUCGUGUGUCGGAAGUGUGCUGCAUUAUUUGUCACCAGGCUUUGGUAAUCUACGACCAUUUUCCUGUGAUAGAUGGCCUGUUUUUCAUCAGCCCAAUAUGUCACCGAGCUGGAAGAGCUAGUGGACUCCGAGUAAGCUGGCAUACUAACGGGAUCGCCCCCACCUUUUAUCAGAACACCGUUGUUGGAGCCAACUGCGACCCAGAACAGUUAAUUAAAAACGAGCAAGCACAAAAACUUUUGAGUUCUUCAAAGUCGGUAAUACCCCCUCCUGGUUGUCUAGGCCCCCGUCAACAGCUGAGUGUUAGCCAUUUGUCCGAUCAAGCAGCAACUGGCGCUUCCAGCUACCGCAACCACGCACACCCACCUCGGCAGGAACGAUAUCUGCAUGCGGUUUGCAUGGGUUGUAUGCACAAUUCUAUCACGGAACAGGAAGCCGGCGGGACAAGAGCUCAUUGUCGUAACUGCAAUCGCCCAUGGUCGGGUCCUAAUGUAUGUAGCAGGUGGGAUAAACUGGCUGAUAGCACCGCGCGAUGGCCGAUGUGGCAUGAGUUUAUUCGCUCCCACCUUUUGGUUGGUGGAUUGUACACCUACGAUGUUUUUGCAGCAUUCCUUUGCUGUUCAAAGCAGUUGACGUGUAAUGCAUGUGAAAGCCGAUUAGAUGUCAGGGAAAAUCUCUCUCAGGGCAGCUGUUCUAUUGGAGAGAAGCUAACCACAACUGCUACUCAGGCCUCGUCAUCCUCUUCGCUCCAACGGAUCGAAGACAGGACUCCUCAGGACCCUUCGUUCAACGCACAAACUACCGCGGAAACUAUGUCCGCUACUUUUGAUAACCUUGAUGAUCACCCCACCUCUUUUCCACUACCUUUUUUCUCUCAGUACAGUCAACUGAUUACCUGCUUAUUUUGCGCAAAAGUCGAUUAUCAUUUUGUGAAACCUUUUGAAAAGCGUUUUCGUACACAACGCUGCUCGUCAAACUAAGUGGAGUUGACGCCAAAUAAUGUGUUCUUGGUGUGGCCCAGUGUGCUUGACAAUUUGAUGGAAAAUUUUAUAGAGGGUAUGUUGUUCCGGAAAGAUGCGGUCCCACUACUCAGGAAAACUAAUUAGAUCCGUAUAAUAUCCCUUUUUCUUGUGCGGUUUUUUCGUCUUAACCUAUCUCUUUUGUAGGUUACCUGCGAAUUUUUUAUCGAGACAGUGUUUCUGCAGGAUGGCUGUAUUUGCUCUUCUUAAAUUUUGUGUGUGACCAAAUGAUACCCCAGUUUCUACUAGCUUUGUGUCAUACACUUCACUGCUGCCGACACUACUUAUUACGGUAUCUGAAAGUAGUGGCUAAUCCGCCUUUUUGUUUAUCAGGUGUGUGACAUGAGAGCGCCAAUCUGUAUAGAGUUUACAAUACAACUUGUAUACCAUACUGUUGUGAUGCCCAUCUCUACUCAGGUGUAUACCCCCCUUACUCCUGGCCCAGCGUACCACCGAAUACUUUCUUCUCUGGUUGCGGAUGCGGUCUAUCAGUCAAAAUUUGUUAUUGCAUACCGAGGCGAACUUGCUUUACUUACCCCUCUGUGUUUACCUGCGCACAUUUUAGGUAAAU